AUGGUAACAAAGAGCCAAGCCAGGCAGCUUUUACACAACAAGUUUGUGGUCAUUCUAGGUGGUUCGGUGCAACGCUCCAUGUAUAAAGACCUGGUGGUGUUGCUUCAGACGGAUCACCACCUUACCCUAUCUCAACUCAAGUCCAAAGGUGAGUUUUCCUUUGAGAAGGACACUCUGGUUGAAGGAGGUUGCUUGGGUCCAAUGACAAAUGGGACAAAAUACAAAGAGGUCAGGCAGUACCGCUCCAGCCACCACUUGUUGCGAUAUUACUUCCUGACAAGAAUCCACUCUCCAUACAUGAAGAGCAUUUUGGAGGACUUUCGGCACGGACUGAAACCAGAUGUUGUGAUCGUCAGCUCUUGUGUCUGGGACCUCACCAGGUAUGGCCUGCAGAGUGUUGCUGAAUACAAAGAGAACCUCAUCAGAUUUUUUAGUGAGAUCAAAACGAUUGCUUGCCACAAUUGUCUCAUCGUUUGGGUUCUGGCCAUGCUGCUUGGAAGCAAGAUCAAGGGUGGAUUCCUGGCACCUGAAGUAAGGGUCAUUAUCACAUGCUUCAUCUACAGUAUGAAGCUGGCAGAUUUCAUUGGCUUGGAUGUUGUGUAUCUGCAUUUUUACUUCCGCCACGCCUCCACCACCACAUGCCAGGACGGGAUCCACUGGGACGCGGUGACCCACCGAAGGAUCAGCAGCCUCCUGCUCAGGCAUGUCGCUGAUGCAUGGGGAGUCGAGCUCUACAGCCGUCCACAGCAAGUAUCUCUGCAUCACAGAGGAGGAUUGGAACGCUGUCAGAUUGCACCUCAUUGGUUCUUCCAACGACCCCCUCCUCACUCAGGUUUGAAAACUAAAACAGAGUUGGCCCAGUUUGAUUUACAUAAUGCAAGUUGCAUGAAAUAUUAUUUAUAUCUGCUAUGUAGAUACAUUAAAAUUUUCAUACAAGUGUUCACCCCAGAACUUCCCCAGAGCUGUUGGAGUCAUCGCAAGUGGCAGCACAGCGACACAUUGGACAGGUUCCAGCUUCCUCCACCAAUCACAGAGUUGUGUUGCACGUGUCAAUGUUCCAGCAGCUGCCCAGCAUGCAUGCUGUCUACACCAGAUCCAUCACUGCAGCGCUUCUCUUCCACCAGAGGCCGUCCAUUUUCCACUCAGUCUCCUCAGCCAGGUCUUCAGACGCUGCCUUGUGUCAGAAUGUUGCAGUCACAUCAGUACCGGCCUCAGAUCAGAGCAGAGCGCUCCCACAUGGGCCCCCAGCUCCGUUCCGAUGGACGUUUCCAUCCUCAUUUUCAGUGUGACACUCGCUUUCUGAGGAGGAGAUGGAGAGGAAUGGUGAGCAGGAGUCACCCUUACCCCCAUCAUCCUCUGCGGGUGACAUCUAGACAUGCUUCUUAUGGAUGGUGAACUCCAGAAACAGGAACCCAUUACUGCAAGGACACAGAUACUCUUGGAGCAACUUUUUCCUGUCUGUUGGACAGACUUGAUACAGAUGUUUAGAUCAUUAUUUGGCUUGAAAAGUAGGUUUUAAAAUAGAAAUAAAGUUGUUUUUUUUUAAAUUAUUUGUAGACUGCUUAUUAUGCCGUUAGUUUUGACCAGACGCUCAGUUUUAGGUGCAGUUAGGAUUUUUUCUCAAAGGUUGCCACUAAUUUUUCCUAGCUGUCAUCAUUUUUCCUUUUCAUAUCAUGAUGUUCUAACACACAUAACACAGAAAUGUUAUGUGUGUUCUAAUAAAACUGUUGUAGGUUUUCUAUAUAUGGUCCUCAUGUGUAUAGGAUAAAUAUACAUUUCUUGUGUGAACCCCCAAAUUCUAUCAUCUCCAUAGACAAAUGGUGAUUCACAGCUCAGCUUUUAGCUCUGUUCAUCCUGAAACAGCCAGUAGUUAUUUCUUUGGGAACAAUUAAAAUAUGUUUGUAUUCA